AUGAAGGGCUUCAUUGCUCUCUCAUUGGCGUGCGCUGCCGCUGCAGCCCCGUCCUUCAGCCUUGAGACCAUCCACGAUGGCGCUGCACCCAUCAUUUCCUCCUCGGAUGCCGAGCAUGUCCCCAACUCGUACAUCAUCAAGUUCAAGAAGCACGUCACCUCGUCCGGCGCCUCGGACCACCACUCCUGGAUCCAGCAGAUCCAUGGCUCCAGUCAGAAGCAGCGCCUCGAGCUUCGCAAGCGCGGCCAGUUCCCCCUGGUCAACGACGUGUUUGACGGCAUGAAGCACGCCUUUAACAUCGGCUCCGAUUUCCUGGGCUACUCUGGCCACUUUGACGACUCGGUCAUCGAGGAGAUCCGGAGGCAUCCCGACGUCGAGUACGUCGAGCGAGACCAGAUCGUCUCCACUCUGAAGGAAGAGGACCCCGUCACAGAGAAGAACGCUCCUUGGGGCCUUGCCCGUAUCUCCCACCGUGACUCUCUGUCUUUCGGCACGUUCAAUAAGUACAUCUACGCCGCAGAGGGUGGCGAGGGUGUCGACGCCUACGUGAUUGACACCGGUACCAACAUUGAGCACGUUGACUUUGAGGGUCGUGCCCACUGGGGCAAGACCAUCCCCACUGGCGAUGACGAUAUUGAUGGUAACGGACACGGCACUCACUGCUCUGGUACCGUCGCCGGUGCCAAGUAUGGUGUUGCCAAGAAGGCGAAUGUGUACGCCGUCAAGGUCCUCCGCAGUAACGGCAGCGGAUCCAUGAGCGACGUCCUGAAGGGUGUCGAGUGGGCCGCUUCGGCUCACCUGGACCAGGUCAAGGCUGCCAAGGACGGCAAGCGCAAGGGCUUCAAGGGCUCUGUCGCCAACAUGUCUCUCGGUGGUGGCAAGUCGCCCUCGCUCGACCAGGCCGUCAACGCUGCCGUCGAUGCUGGUAUCCACUUCGCUGUCGCUGCCGGCAACGACAACGCCGACGCCUGCAACUACUCUCCUGCUUCUGCCACCAAGGCCGUCACUGUUGGCGCCUCUGCUCUGGAUGACAGCCGUGCCUACUUCUCCAACUGGGGCAAGUGCGUCGACAUCUUCGGCCCUGGCCUGAGCAUCCAGUCCACCUGGAUUGGCAGCAAGACCGCCAUCAACACCAUCAGCGGCACCUCGAUGGCCUCCCCCCAUCUUGCCGGUCUCCUUGCCUACUACGUCUCGCUCCAGCCCAGCAAGGAGUCCGAGUACGGCAUGGCGGCAAUCACCCCCGAGAAGCUCAAGGCCAACCUCAUCAAGGUUGCCACCAAGGGCAAGCUGUCCGACAUCCCCAAGGACACCCCCAACUUGCUCGCCUGGAACGGCGGCGGUUCUUCCAACUACUCCGACAUCUUGGCCGCGUCUAUCUAG